AUGGCUGCCGCUUGUAUUGUCUCGCCAUCACAUGGCAAGCUUGAGCAAGCACUCAAGCUGACGGACUUGGGCGCGGUCGGUAAACUAUACAACACGCUCGUUGAUGAUUAUGACCAGCCUCCGGUUCAGGGAAACAUCAUCGCGCAACUCGCUUCGAUUUUCGUUCGCAACAAUGCCCACAAGGUUUUCGGCAUUCACCUAAUCCAUGGCCACUUCCAGGUCCCAGACGAGAAUGUACUUCUAGGCUCGACCUUCAACAACCCUAGUAUUCGCUGGGCAAAGACUGUUGCCAUCGACAGCGUUGACACUUCCACUGUCCAUGGACACGUGUUUGUGGUGGCUGAAAACGGUCUUCUACCUUACGAGUUGGAGGACGGAGCGUUGCCGGAUCUGUCCAGCGUCCACGAAGGCUUCCUGAGUGAAUUUAUUAGCUACAUCAUCAAGCACAAGCUCCAAAGCUUGCUCGGCCUUCAAGUUCUGGGUUGUGGCGAGAGCCCAAUGAUUGAAUUGAUCCUGGACCAGGGGACAGUCAUGCUCGAAUCCUCCCAAUCGCACGGUGUUCAGUCCACUCGCAUCACUGGUUGGCGUUUCGAGUCGGUCGACGGCCGUCCACGUGUUUGUGCGGCCAACGAGACUCAUUCCAAAAUGACGUCUGGCAGCCACAAGGUCUUCAAUGCUGGCAAGCCACUUCCGAAACUCGAGAACGUGGAAGACUUGAAGAACGCUCUGCUUGAUGUCGGCGUACUGAAAACUGGAUGA